AUGGGUAUCGAAGAGCUAAACGUUAAUAGGGAGGAAGAGGAAAUGGAGGCAGGUUCAGCCUCAAGCCCUCUCCUCGAUGAUAAGAACCCAUUUCAGACACGUUAUCACGAUCUGGUUAGAUUAAAAGGGUAUGCAUUUGAUGGAUUAGGGAAUUACUGUCACAAAGAAUGGGAUUUAGUAGAGGGCAGUGGCAAAGAGUUCUGUUGGUAUCAUGUUGAACUUCCAAAAGGAAACCAAAAACUUUCUCAAUCUGCUCAAUACCUUAUUGAUGUUCUUUGUCCACCAUUAAAACUCCAAGAUAUUCUUUCAUUAGUUAGCAAUGGACCAUAUUGUGGGCAUGUUGAUGGGGCACUUGUGUUUAGGGUUAAUUCACCUGGUCCAGCCUCUAGUAAGUUUACAUUCAGAUUAGCCGCUAGGGUUACUGAGAAUUCGAUGAUUAGUGUGUCAUUAGGGCGGGUCCCAAGGUUGGGUUUCUCGCCGGUUGGUCAGUCUCUUCUGUCGGAGAUCCCAAGUGUGGAGAGUCCAAAUCCUAAGUUUUGUAGAAGUGAGAUGAGAGAACGGAAUGGGAUUGUGAUCAAGGAACAUGUUCUUGAUUUCUUGUUGACGAUGAAUCAUUCUGAGGAGGCAGAUAAUCCCGUUCCUAAAUCUGUAUCGAAUUUGGUAGUUCAUGUAAUUGACACACAUAUGGAUCAUCUUGAGGAUGUUGUUACCAAUCUUGAGCUCGAGCUUGAUUCUGUUGAAGUUGCACUGGAUAAAGGUGGGUUUUCACUGAGGAAACAGUUGUUAGAUGACAGAAGAUUCCCCAAAAUGAAUCUGGAUCUGCAACGUCUCCUGCGGGUUAUUGCACAUGGGGAACAAGUAUUUCCUAGAGUGAAGGAAAAAUGUUCUUCGAAAGAUUGGUUUGCAGGUGAAGAUGUUGUUUCGCUUGAAGAGUUGAUUGGACGGCUAAGAAGACUAAAAGACAACGUUGGUUUUAUAACCAAUCGAGUCACAGCCGUCCAGGCUGGUCUAGACUGCUGGCAGGCCGAGCAAAUCAACAGAAAACUUUACUAUCUUUCCUUCUUUUCGAUCAUAUUCCUUCCUUUAUCCAUCAUCACCGGAGUAUUUGGGAUGAAUGUGGGAGGUGUCCCAUGGACAGGGCAAAGAGAUCCGGAGCUAGCAGAUGGUUUUAGAAACGUGAUGUUGCUAUGCGUUGCAAUGUUACUUCUCGUGCUCUUAUGCUUCCUCUUCCCGUGCCUCCAUAGCCGGAUAACGACAUGGAGGAAACCAAGAACUGUAAGAAGAAGCUGGUCUUUAAACCGGAGAUCAUUUCUGAAAAGAAUGAUUGGUGGUGGCGGUGGUGGUGGAGAAAGAGGUUACCUCCGCCUUUAA